AUGAAAUCCCCAAGAACUCCCCCAAGCACUCCCCCAUUACAGCUCCAGCUCAAGGCGCGUUAUAGUCGUCGUCUGCUCGGCAAGAUGGAUCUCCAACGCACCGACCAGGCCGACCUUGAGGGGAUAAUCACAAAUCUCAACCACCUCUGCUUCGCCGUUGAUCUUUCAAAGCCGGGCGACAGUGGUGAAGUUUUACGAGUAGUCCUGGACCGCGUCAGGGAUAUCCUGAAGGCGCAUGGCGCCCUUCUCGAGGAUGUUGCGGCCAUCAAGGAGCGGUACAAGAUAGUAGAGUCAUACCUUGGUAUCUACCAAGCCAUCUCUGAAGUAGACCUGGGCCGGCGCUGCCCACAAAGUAAAGAUCACCUUGAUGAAGACUCGGACGUGGACAUGGACGUCGACUCAGACUCUGAGUGCGAAGACUCCGAUAGCGACGACUCCGAUAGCGAGGAAAGCGAAUUAGUUGAUCUCAAGUACCAGAAGAUCCAGCGCGACGUCCGUGGGCUCGCUUUGUACGGGAUACUCUCCGCUGCUCGUCAGCUGGAGCGCAUGGGCGCCGAUUCGGUCUUCGUGCGCAAGAAGAACGUCGAAUCCGACAAAUAG